CCCUCGCCCCCGGACGCCUCGCACGUGGGCAUGGGAGCUCAGGGGACGAGGCGCGUGGGACCACCGACCUCCCGCCCCCCUGCCCGCCAUGGAGCCCAUCCGCAACUGCUCCCACGCCUGCUCCGGACUCUCCGCCCAGCACCGCGACCUCUGCUCCGUCGUCGUCACUCCGUCAGACGAAAGCGGGGGCCGUGGGAGCACCCCGACCCUGGCCCCCGCCCUCCGGGGCGUCGUGGGGACCCUCCUCGGGGCCGGACUCCUCCUCACCCUCUUCUUCCUGGCCUUCACCGUCCGCUGCCGCGGGAACAGGAUCGUGAAGAUGUCCAGCCCCAACCUGAACAUCGUGACCCUGCUGGGCAGCGGGCUGACCUACAGCAGCGCCUUCCUCUUCGGCGUCCAGGAGCCCGGCGGCUGGGCCGGAGCGUCGCUGGAGACCGUGGUCCAGACCCGGCUGGCCCUGCUGGCCCUCGGCAGCUCGCUGAUGUUCAGCCCCAUCUUGGGAAAGAGCUGGAGGCUCCACAGGGUGUUCACCCAGCGUCUUCCCAACAAGAGAGUGAUCAUCAAAGACCUGCAGCUGCUGGGGCUGGUGGCCGCGCUGGUCGUGGCCGACGCCGUGCUGCUCGCCACCUGGACCCUCUCGGACCCGGUCCGGUGCCUCCGGGUCUUCAGUUUCACCGUAAGGGUGUCCGACAGAGACCUCUCCUGCUCCGGAAGCUGGACCCACCUCUGCGCUUCACGCUACGCCGACCUCUGGGUCGUCCUGAUCCUGGGAAGCAAGGGAGCGCUCUUGCUGGUGGGCGCGUACGUGGCCGGGCUGACCGGCCCCAUCAGCUCUCCGCCCGUCAACCAGUCCUCUGCCCUCCUGGCGGGCAUCUGCCUGGCGGCGCUGGCCACCGGCACCGCCCUGCUGGUGGCCCGCCUCUUCCCCGCCUGGCCCAACCUGCUCUUCGGUCUCACGUCGGGCGGUAUCUUCGUCUGCACGACCACGGUCAACUGCUUCGUCUUCCUGCCCCAGCUGAGGCAGUGGCGGGCGUUUGACGAGGAAAGCCCGGCCGUGGGCCACAUGGCCAAGUACUUCAGCUCCCCCAGCAAAAGCCUCCCCGGCCCCACCGGCGAAGACCAGAUCUACUCCCUCAAGAGGCUGCUCGGCGAGAAAAACGCCGCCAUCGAGACGCUGCAGGAGCAGGUGGCCAAGGCCAAGGAGAGGCUGGUGAGGCUGAUGUCGGCAGAGGCCCCCCCAGGGCCGGACGCUGCCCCCGCCGCCCCGUCCGCCCCUUCCGGCGCCCCCGGGCGCCGGGACCCCGUCGGCCCCCCGGACCCUCCGGCGCCCUCCCGGCGCCCACCGCCCGGCCCCGAGGAGCACGUGGCCGGGCCGGAGGACCUCCCUGACCCCGCCGCCCCCCGACGGGCCCCGCCGCCCCCGGUCCCCGGACGGUGCGUCAGCCACGACCAGCUGAGGGACGUCUUGUGGGAGCUCUGGGGCGGGGGUCCCCGGGGGUCCCGCGACCCCAUUGCCACCCGGGAGCCUCAGAGGAGGGCUCCCUCCAGCAGCUUGACUUUUGACCCCUACCACGUCAGAAGACGAAGGGCGGAGGCCCUCCCGCCCCCUCCCCGCUUCCCCGGGCCCGUGCCGGGAUGGGGCUGCCGGGGAAGGGCCGACUCCGGGCCCCACCUGGGCCCGGGCCCGCCGGAAGACGACCGGCCGAGCCGGGCCGGGGCCAUCGACGGGCGGCCGGAGGGAGGCGAGGACUCCCCUUGGCCCCGGCCCCCAGCCCGCGGGCGAAGCCCCCGGGCGGAGGGUGGGCGGGGCCGGGCCGGAGCCCCCGGGAUCGGAGGGCGCUCCGGGCCCCCCAGCCUGCCCUUGGGGACGCCCCGCUUCUUCCCCGCGCCGGAACCGUGGCCCUGGGCGGCCCCGGGGGGCUGCCCCGACUCGGGGUCCGGCAGCUCCUCGGACGAGUGGUCCUGCCGCCGCCCCGGCCUCUACUGCGAAGUCUGCUUCCGACGCUGCCCCAGCUCCAGCGACGACACCCCUUCCGAGUCGGACCCCGACCCCGACCCCACCGGCCGGCCUGCCCCGCUGGUCAACUUCAAGGAGGACCUGACGCCCACCCUGGUCUGAGCGGCCGAGGUCAGGUCCGGUCCACCCUCACGCGCCUCACGUCCCCCCCACGCCCACCCUCACACACUUACACGUGCGCGUCCCCGGGGGACGGGCCGAGGCCCGCUCCCUGCUGCGGGAGAAGACUUCACCCCUCCGGGAAGCGGGAAUUCCAGCUUCGGCUCCAGCCUCUGGGACUGGCUGGCUGUGCGCCCUAGAGCAACCCAGUGCCCCUCUCUGGGCCCGCGGUGUCUGUCCGCUCCCGGUGGUGACCGACCGGGCGCCUCAGCCAUCCCUGGAUGGAAGGACUGCUAGGGGGAUGAAGGUUUGGGGGGUGGGGAUGGAACGGCCCAGCCCCGCCGGGGCCGAAAUCCGGGAUGGGUCCGCACGCUGCCCCGGCCGGACUCCUGGGGAGCUCAGUCAGUCUCGAGGGGGGGACUACCGCGUGCCCGGCACUGUACUGAGCGCUGGGGAGAGUCCAGUAGAGCUGGGAGACUCCAUCCCUCUUCUCGAAGACCUUCCAUUCUACUGUGUGCAGAGCACUGGACUGAGCUCUUGGGGAGAGUCCACUCGAGUUAGUAGACGUGA